UGUGCUGCUGUGCGUUGAUUUCAGAUAAUGAAGAGCGAGGUGCUGAGAGUUACCCAUGAGCUGCAGGCCAUGAAGGAUAAGAUCAAAGAGAACAGUGAGAAGAUUAAAGUGAACAAAACCCUGCCUUACCUUGUUUCCAAUGUAAUUGAGCUACUGGAUGUUGACCCCAAUGACCAGGAAGAGGAUGGAGCAAAUAUUGAUCUGGAUUCCCAGAGAAAGGGCAAGUGUGCUGUGAUUAAAACCUCCACACGGCAGACCUAUUUCCUGCCUGUGAUCGGGUUAGUUGAUGCUGAGAAGCUGAAGCCUGGAGACUUAGUGGGUGUGAACAAAGACUCUUACUUGAUCCUGGAGACUCUCCCUACUGAAUAUGAUUCACGAGUGAAAGCUAUGGAGGUGGAUGAGAGGCCCACAGAGCAGUACAGUGACAUCGGGGGCCUGGAUAAACAGAUCCAAGAGCUGGUGGAGGCCAUUGUCCUACCAAUGAAUCAUAAGGAGAAGUUUGAAAACCUGGGUAUCCAGCCCCCGAAAGGUGUGCUCAUGUAUGGGCCACCUGGAACAGGGAAGACCCUGCUAGCAAGAGCAUGUGCUGCCCAGACAAAGGCAACAUUCCUGAAGUUGGCAGGCCCACAGUUAGUGCAGAUGUUCAUUGGAGAUGGAGCCAAGCUAGUUCGAGAUGCCUUUGCACUGGCCAAGGAGAAAGCUCCUUCUAUCAUCUUCAUUGAUGAGCUGGAUGCUAUUGGCACCAAGAGAUUUGACAGUGAGAAGGCUGGCGACCGGGAAGUACAGAGGACUAUGCUGGAACUUCUGAACCAACUUGAUGGAUUCCAACCCAACACACAAGUCAAGGUGAUUGCUGCAACCAACCGUGUAGAUAUCCUGGACCCUGCUCUGCUUCGCUCUGGACGCUUAGACCGCAAGAUUGAGUUCCCGAUGCCCAAUGAGGAGGCCAGAGCUAGGAUUAUGCAGAUCCAUUCACGCAAGAUGAAUGUCAGCCCUGAUGUGAAUUAUGAGGAGUUAGCUCGCUGCACAGAUGACUUCAAUGGAGCACAGUGCAAAGCUGUGUGUGUGGAAGCAGGGAUGAUUGCACUUCGCCGUGGUGCCACAGAGCUCACUCAUGAGGACUACAUGGAAGGAAUCCUGGAGGUUCAGGCUAAGAAAAAAGCUAAUCUGCAAUACUAUGCCUAACUCUGCUCUGUAGUCAGGUAUUGUGGCCUUGACAGAAUUGGACAGACUGGAAUGUGAGAAGACUGAACUAAACAGAGGAUGGUUAAGAUUA